UUCUGCCACCCAACGUUAACAAAGCCAGACCCCCACAUUCUCUUCCUACGCCUCUUUUUCUCCUUUUUAUGUACAGUUUGGAGACAAGAGAAUGACAAAAGUGAAGAAAAAGAGCUCAAAAAUAAUUAGUAAUCGUGGGAAUUAGUCUCUCUGUCAUCUCUAUCUCUCUUUCCAUGUAUUGAUUCAACGCCGGUGCCAAAAAGAUACGGAAAGAGAUAUGUAGAGAGAGAUAGAGCGUAAGAAAAAAGGGGGUGGCUGUCGAUCAAUUCCUCGUUUCUAUGUAGUAGCGCUUGAUCAACAAGUAUUCUUUUGAUUCAUUUUUUUUUUGGGAUCAUCAAAUUUAUUACACUAGUCGUAUUUCUGAAGAGCUUCGUCCAAAUUCCUCUCCUCCUCCUCAGGCGAAGAAGAUCAACUGAUGGAAUAAAUUCAACAAUUUGUUUCUGGCUUCUCCAUUCAUGCUUUGUGCAAUGACAAACUCUUUGCCAAGUGUCAAAGUUGAGAUGGAGGGCACAACAAAAAGCAUCAAGGAUAGGUAUGCCAAGCUUGUGGAGGGCUCUUGGUUUAGUCAAUUCUGCCAUGGUUCCAAUCCUUGGAUGGCUAGAUAUGUCUAUGGCUUGAUAUUCCUUGUUGCAAAUUUGCUUGCAUGGGCUGUUCGUGAUUAUGGCCACAGUGUACUGGCAGAAAUGCGGAGACUGAAAGAAUGCGAGGGAGGGAAAGAUUGUUUAGGAGCAGAAGGAGUAUUGAGAGUGAGCAUGGGAUGCUUUAUGUUCUACUUUGUAAUGUUUCUCUCUACUGCUGGUACUUCAAAGUUAAACGAGCGUAGAGAGUUCUGGCAUUCUGGUUGGUGGUCUGCUAAGAUCUUCAUGAUGAUGAUGCUGAUUAUCCUGCCUUUUCUACUUCCUGCUGAGGUCAUUUCACUUUAUGGGGAAGUUGCACAUUUUGGUGCUGGGGUAUUUUUGCUAAUCCAGCUAAUCAGUAUAAUCAGUUUUAUUACAUGGCUAAAUGAUUGUUGCCAAUCUGAAAAGUAUUCAGAUAGAUGCCAAAUCCACAUUAUGUUACUUGCAACAACAGCAUAUGUCGUUUGCAUAAUUGGGAUCAUUUUGAUGUACAUUUGGUAUACUCCAGAACCGUCCUGCCUACUUAACAUUUUCUUCAUCACCUGGACACUAGUACUUCUCCAGCUCAUGACCAGUGUCUCUCUCCACCCCAAAAUAAACGCGGGCUUUUUGACUCCAGGACUUAUGGGGUUGUAUGUGGUGUUCCUCUGCUGGUCGGCCAUUAGGAGUGAACCACCGGAAGAAAAAUGCAUUAGAAAAGCGGAAACUGCAAUAAAAGGAGACUGGCUCACCAUUAUAAGCUUUAUUGUCGCAGUCCUCGCAAUUGUAAUAGCUACAUUUUCAACUGGCAUUGACUCAAAAUGUUUUCAGUUCAGGAAGGAUGAGGCAGAGAAAGACGAUGUUCCAUAUGGCUAUGCGUUUUUUCAUUUUGUUUUUGCAACUGGAGCCAUGUACUUUGCCAUGCUUCUAAUUGGUUGGAACACUCAUCACUCCAUGAAAAAAUGGACUAUUGAUGUGGGUUGGACCAGCAGUUGGGUGAGGAUAGUAAACGAAUGGCUAGCUGCUUGUGUCUACAUAUGGAUGGUUGUAGCACCAAUUAUAUGGAAAAGCAGGCAAGCAACUGAAUCACCAGUGUGAUCAGUUCAAGUCAAAAGAAAAAAGAACGAAAGAGAAGUCACAAAAACAUCCUUUGACGAUUUGCCCCAUGAAAUAAUUAUGCUACUCUUCAGGGCUCAUACAGGCAGAAGCGAGGAAACAACUCUAUACCAGCACUGAAGUCUUCCAGGCCAGAUGCAACUGAUGAAAAUUCUACAGCCAUUCGGACAAUACUGCCUUAAGUUCUCCAUAGUAUCUUGAAAGGAUUCCAAUACGUGUAAAUAUGCAACUGACAGCACAUAACAGGAUUGUUGUAUCAGGAUUUUUUGUUACACGUCAACCCACAAACAAAAAAAAAAAAAGAGAGAGAGAGCGAGAGAGAGAGAGAGAGAGAGAGAGAGGGAAAACUAUACGUGGUAUUUAGUAUCAGACAUUGUAUCAAAACUUCGGGUGAGCAUUAAUUGUUGAUCAUUGUUUAUUUAGCGAUGGAAACAAGCAAAAAGAAUUUCUGUUC